UCUAUAGUCUCUCGCAGCAGUUUACUCAUUUUAUUCAUUCUGAAUAUUUCUAGAAAGUAACAAGCAUUCUUUACUCUUUAAAGGAUAAUUGAUUUUUCUAUUAUUGAUUUUUAAUUAUUGUAUUUUUUUUAAUAAUCAAUUUAAACGGUAUUAAUAUAAAUAUGUAUCGAUUAGUGGUUAGUGUACUUUGCCUUUGUUUAUUUACUUCAGUAUUAAGUCAAAAAAAUGAUGCUGAAAAUUUUGAAGUAGAAACAAUCGACGACGCCGAUAUUGAGGCUGUUACACGGCCAAAUUCUGGAAACCCAUCACGAGGCUCAUCCUUUACAGGCGAACAAUGUUCAAUUUGUAAUGAGACAUCAGCUACAACGUGUUUUGUUAAGGAAAAGUCAUCUGACAAUCAAAUAUUGAGUGUUGUGAAAUGUUACGACGCAAAUGAAAAAGUUUUGAAAGAAAAUGAAUCAUCAAGGAAAAAUCCAUAUCCUGGUGUACAAUUUUCACGUACACAUAUUCAAUCGAAUAUUUCUUAUUAAGAGUAAUUAGUCUGAAAAACCAAAAAUAUAAAAUGUUAAA